AUGCAACUUCUAUCCACACUAUUCUUGCUCGUCCAGCUGCUGGGUGUCGCCCUGGCAUCGCCCAUCCAGGACUCUUCGCUCGUUUCACGAGACUCGGAAUACUGGGUUGCGGGUGUGAAGCACCAAGGUCUUGUGGCUUUUGGCAACAGCUCUGAUUACCAGGUUUUCCGUAAUGUGAAGGACUUUGGCGCCAAGGGUGAUGGAUCGACCGACGACACGGACGCUAUCAAUGAGGCCAUCUCGUCGGGUAACCGCUGUGGUCAAGGCUGCGAUUCGUCCACCACGACCCCGGCCCUGGUUUACUUUCCCGCUGGUACCUAUGUCGUUUCGAAGCCCGUUGUUCAGUACUACUACACCCAGAUGGUCGGUGAUGCUCUGAACCUGCCCGUUAUCAAGGCAAGCGCCGAUUUCUCGGGUAUGGCCGUCAUUGACGCCGAUCCCUAUGAUGACGAGGGCAACAGCUGGUACACCAACCAGAACAACUUCUUCCGGUCGAUUCGCAACUUUGUUGUCGACUUGACCGAGAUGCCCAAGGGUUCUGGUGCCGGUAUCCACUGGCAAGUUGGACAGGCCACCAGUUUGCAGAACAUCCGCGUCGAGAUGGUUCGCGGUGGUGGUGACGCCAACAAGCAGCAGGGUAUCUUCAUGGAUAACGGCUCUGGUGGUUUCAUGACCGACCUUACUUUCAACGGUGGUAACUACGGUAUGUUCCUAGGUAACCAGCAGUUCACCACCCGCAACCUCACUUUCAACGAGUGUAACACCGCCAUCUUCGUCAACUGGAACUGGGCUUGGACUUUCAAGUCGUUGUCGAUCAACAACUGCCAGGCCGGUCUUAACAUGUCGAACUCGCCUUCUAACCAGACCGUUGGCUCCGUCUUGAUCCUCGACAGUGCGCUCACCAACACCCCGACCGGUGUCGUAACUGCUUUCUCUGACGACAGCAUUCCUACUGGUGGCGGUGUCCUGGUCUUGGACAAUGUUGACUUCUCCGGUUCCGACGUGGCUGUUGCUAGCAUUGACGGCAGCACCUUGGUUGAGGGUGGUUCUGUUAUCUCCAGCUACGUGCAGGGUAAUGCAUACACUCCCAGUAACACCAUCGCGAAGCGUGAUGAGCCUGUUGAGGUCGUCACGGAAACCGUUGUCGAAACAGUUGAGUACUGCCCGACUAACCAUGUUGAAACGACACUGGCUGCCUCGCGCGUGGUCCCCACUGGAUUCGACAGCGAUCUGCCUAUGCCGUCCGUGGACGUUUCGAGCGUCAUGGGAUCUUUCUUCUCCGGUGUUGACACCUCGGUGUCUGCUCCCGCCGCGACUUCUGCUCCUCAGGCGCAGUCUUCGGCCGAGUCCACCCCUGUGCCGACCUCGGUUGCUCACGGUACCGUCCCUGCUCAAAAGCCCACCUCCGCUACUCCCGUAUCUGCACACAACACUGCGCCUGUCUCCGCUGGCGUUGGCGUUUCUCUUGGUCUCGGUGGCUCUGGUGGCCACAGCCAGGGUCACGGUGCCUGCUCCAGCCAGACCGUCACCAAGACUCGUUUGCAAACCGUCAUGUCUUCCCAAGCUAAGCCCAGCGGUCUGUUAGACAGCAACGGCAAGAUCUUCGAGCGCUCCAAGCCUUUGUACGAGAGUUACUCUGCUUCCUCGUUCGUUAGCGUCCGCUCUUCCGGUGCCAAGGGUGAUGGUCAAACCGACGACACCCAGGCCAUCCAGAAGAUCCUGAACAGCGCCACCGAGGACCAGAUCGUGUACUUCGAUCACGGUUCCUACAUCAUCACCGACACCAUCCUCGUCCCCAGCGGCAUCAAGAUGGUCGGUGAAGUCUGGCCCGUCCUGAUGGCAUACGGAGACAAGUUCAGCGACGAGAAGAACCCCAUCCCGAUGCUGCAGAUCGGAAAGGAAGAUGAAAAGGGUACCGUCGAGAUCAGCGACAUCACCUUGCAAACCAAGGGCCCGGCUCCAGGCGCCAUCCUGAUGCAAUGGAACCUGGCCGAGCAGGAACAAGGCGGCGCCGCUAUGUGGGACACCCACUUCCGCAUAGGUGGCUCUGCCGGCACCCAGCUGCAGAGCGACAAGUGCGCCAAGACCCCCAAGGAAACCACGAAGGCCAACUCCGAGUGCGUUGGCGCCUUCAUGCUCUUUCACAUUACCGAAAAGGCCAGCGGAUACCUCGAGAACGCCUGGUUCUGGACCGCAGACCACGAACUCGAUCUGCCCGACCACAACCAGAUCAACGUGUACAACGGCCGUGGUGUUCUGAUUGAGUCCACCGGCGCUGUCUGGCUCUACGGUACUGCGUCCGAACACAACCAACUUUACAACUACCAGGUCUCCAACGCCGAAAACGUCUUCCUCGGCCUCAUCCAGACCGAAACCCCCUACUACCAAUCCAACCCCGACUCACUCACCCCCUUCAGCCCCCAAUCCUCGUGGAACGACCCGGACUUCUCGAACUGCGACUCCGCCUCGUGCCGCAAGGCAUGGGGCCUGCGCGUCCUCAAUUCCUCGGAGACAUACGUGUACGGCGCCGGGUUGUACAGUUUCUUCGAGAACUACGCGCAAACAUGCCUUAACACUGAAGAUUGUCAGGAGAACAUGGUGGAGGUGGAUUGCUCCGACGUGAAGAUCUAUGGUCUGAGCACGAAGGCGAGUGUUAACAUGAUUACCUCGUCGAGUGGGGAGUCGUUGGUUCCCGAGGACGAGAACACGAGUACGUUCUGUUCGACGAUUGCGUUUUUCGAGCAGUCGGAAGCAUAG